AUGUCCAGCCUAAACGAAACAGUUAACACGACAAUGCAACACAGCAACGCAACAUCGGAGGUCGCUAACGCGUUAACAUGGAUAAACGCCGUCAGGGGCAUGCGUCAGGUGGGAAUCCCGGUGAUAAUAUUCAUUGGAUUCUGUGGAAACGCCCUGUCACUCGUAGUGUUCUCAAAGAAACGAAUGCGCCGUACCACAUGUUCCGUAUUUUUAACCACCCUUGCCAUAGUAGACAACACAUUUCUCCUCGCGUUACUUGCGUCAUGGAUUGAUAACGAAGUGCACAAUAUAUUUACAACAUCAAUAGCGUGCAAAAUGUUUAUAUAUGUGACAUACGUGACGUGUUUUCUCAGUGUGUGGUGCGUCGUUGGAUUUUCAUGUGAACGCUACAUCGCCAUUUGCUUUCCUCUUAAGCAGAGGUUCAUGUGUAGCGUAAUACGAGAAAAGUUAACAAUUUUAGGUCUGGGUAUUUGUGCAUGUCUUCUUUAUAUAUUCAGUUUUUGGACAUCCGGUGUCCAAAAGUGGAAUCAACAAUGGAAGUGCGUGUACAGGCAUGAGUAUAUUGAUUUAAUGAAUGUUGUAACUUGGAUGGAUACCGUUUUAACAAUGGUUGUUCCUUUUACUGUCAUUGUUAUUGUUAACACAUUAGUUCUCCGAACAAUGCUUCACACCUCAAAACAAAGGGUGUUUGGUGAAGGACUGAUUUUGUCGCAUCACCAAAAAUCAUCAUCAAGUCCUAAAGCACCUAAAGCAAGUGAAUGCUUAUUGUCUCGUUGUUCUGAUUCUCAUGAUUACCGUCUCUCCAAAAACAGCUGUGCAAGAAAUAAACCAAUACAAAACAAAACUUUAUCAAUGCAGCAAACACGUGUGACCAGAACGUUAUUAUCCGUCUCAUUUACAUUUUUAAUACUCAAUCUUCCAUCACAUGCUAUGCGACUUUUCAAUCUAAUUGCAUCGUUAACGAGCAAUACACCCUUUGGAGAAGGGGGCUUGCGUAUACGGGAGCUUACCGGGUUUGAGUAA